AUGGCACUCCACACAGUGCGGUGGCGGCCGGGCGGCGCGGUGGACCUGGCCGGAGGCGAGCGGCGGGUCUUUUCGCAGGAGGGCUGCGUCAUGCGUGUCGAAAUCCGGGCGAAGAGCCGCAAACUUGAAAGCCGCGGGACGUGCAUCGUGACAUCGCAGCGGCUCGUGUACCUCGCCGAGGCGCAGGAUGCGGCGCUGGACACGCUCCAGAUUCCGCUGGAGCGUAUGAGCGCAGGGCGCUAUCGCAUUCCGCUUUUCUCGGCGCCCUACUACGAGGCAGCGCUUGCGCUGCAGCCCGACAAUGAGCUGGCGAUGCUCACGAUUUCCUUCCAAGAAGGCGGCGGCGCGGCCUUUCAUACCCAUCUUACGCGCGCGCGCGACCAGUGGGAAGUCGAUCGGAAUGCAGUCGAGGCGCUACCGCUCUACGAGCCCAGCAGGGGUAUCGAAGCGCCGCCGCGGUACGAAGACGUGGCGGAGACAUAG